UGCUUGCCGCCAUUUCAUUUAUCUUGGAGUGGAAGUGGUUACGUUGUUUCACGGGUUUGUGCGGCAGAUUACUUUUGUUUUCAUACCUUGCAUCUAGGUUUGCAUUUGCAACGCAUUCUGUUCUCUGCGUGUCCACCCGUUUACUGUUAGACUUCUAACUUUUCUAAUUUAAUACGGAAGACGAAAAAAACUACGUCAAGAUGUCCGCAGAGGCACCAGUUGAAAGCGCCGAGACAACUAGCCCAAGUGAGGUGAAUGGCAAACCUAAUGAGAGUCGGAAAGAGAGGCCUCAGAAGCGAGGAGGUGGCAACACCCGUUUUGAGCCCUACUCAAAUCCAUCCAAAAGAUACCGAGUUUUUGUCAGCAACAUCCCUUUUGAUGUCAAGUGGCAGUCUUUGAAAGAUUUAAUGAAGGAAAAAGUGGGUGAGGUAACAUACGUGGAGCACUUAAUGGACGCAGAAGGCAAGUCGAGGGGCUGUGCGGUGGUUGAGUUCAGAACUGAGGAGCUCAUGAAAAAGGCAGUGGAGACAGUACACAAGUACAACAUGAACGGCCGUCCUCUUAAAGUGAGAGAGGAUCCUGAUGGGGAGCUUGCACGCCGGGCAGCUCAGAGAGCUGGAGGAGGCCAAUCUGGAGGGAUGGGUAUGGGUCCUAAUAUGGCACCACUGACUAAUAUUCCUCCUAGUCUUCAAAACAAUCCAAACAUCCCCAGUGAGAUUAUUCAUGCGCUACAGGCUGGGAGACUUGGUAGUACCAUUUUUGUUGCCAAUCUUGACUACAAAGUUGGUUGGAAAAAGCUGAAAGAAGUCUUUGCCAUGGCUGGAAAUGUGGUACGAGCAGAUAUCUUGGAAGACAAGGAUGGGAAGAGCAGAGGAAUGGGCACAGUCACAUUUGAGCAGUCACUUGAAGCUGUUCAGGCAAUUUCCAUGUUUAAUGGACAACAGCUAUUCAACAGACCUAUGCAUGUCAAGAUGGAUGAAAAAGCAGUGGCUAAAUCAGACUUCACCUCUCAGGACAGAUCAUCACUACCUCAUGGACUUGGUGGUAUUGGAAUGGGUUUGGGACCUGGUGGACAACCUAUUGAUGCAAAUCAACUCAGAGCGGGAUCAAGUGGUAUGGGCAAUGCUAUGGGUCCUGGAAGUGGAGGCAUUGAUGGAAUGAACUAUGGUGGCAUGGGACGGUUGGGAGGCAUGGACAGCUCCUUUGGAGGUGUCAUGGGUGGAAUGGAUCGCUUUGGUCCAACAGGAAUGGGACGGAUGAAUGAGAUGGAACGUGGACUAGGUGGAGGCUUUGAUCAGAACUUUGGCAGAGGUGAUGUUGGCAUGUCAAGAGGCUUUGGCGAUUCAUUUGAUAGAGGUAUAGGUAGCUCAAUGAGUAUGGAGCGGAUGGGAUCUAGUAUGGACAGGAUGAGCUCAGGAAUGGAUAGGAUGCAAGGACUAGACAGAGUUGGAAUGGGAAUUGAUCGAAUGGACCGUGUUGCUGAUCUUGAUAGAUUAGGCUCUGGUUAUGACCGGUUGAGCUCUGGGAUGGAUCGAAUGGGGCCUGGGAUCGAUCGGCUUGGUUCUGGCCUGGAUCGUAUGAGCUCUAGCAUGGACCGUCUUGGCCCAGUUGGAUAUGAUCGUUUAGGCCCUUCUGGCAUGGAGCGAAUGGGGUCUGGAAUGGAUUAUAUGUCUCCGAUGGGCAUGGAUCGGAUGGGGUCUGGAAUGGAUCGAAUGGGUGGCAGCUUCGACCGAGUUGGUGGCAUGGGAAUGGACCGCUACCCAGCAACAGGAUUGGACCACAUGUCCUCGGUGGGAGCAGGAUCUGGAUUUGAUAGGUCUGCUGAAAUGGAUCGUGGUGGCUUUGGUGCUGGCGUAGCAGCAUCUGGUGCUGGAGCAAACCCCCGAAAGGGAUGCCAGAUUUUUGUCAGAAAUUUGCCAUUUGACUUCACUUGGAAAAUGCUGAAAGACACUUUUAACUCAUGCGGUCAUGUACAGUAUGCAGACAUCAAAAUGGAGAAUGGCAAGUCAAAGGGCUGUGGGGUUGUUCGUUUUGAGAAUCCUGAAACUGCAGAGAGAGCCUGCAGACUCAUGAAUGGAACCAAGUUAUCUGGCCGUGAAAUUGAUGUUCGAAUUGACAGAAAUGCAUAAAAUGUUCUAAUAUUGUCCAGUUCUAUCCACUGUUUCAGAUUUGAACUAUGUUGGAUUCCCUCCUCAUCCAUGAAUUGUUUUUAAUGACCAAACUUUGAGUUAAAUUUUUAUUUCUACCAUCUUUUAAAUGGAAAAUGUUUACUAGUGUUUUUUGUCAAGUGGUGAGUUAAAGAAUUUCAGUUUUGUCAAUGUUGCGUGGUGGCUUUUUUGAAGGUGAAAAUUCAACUUUUUGUAUUUAGCAGACUAGAUACUGUACCCUUUUGAACUUGAAUGGCUGUCCUUGCCUUCAUGGUCUUAGGAAUUUUUAGUCUCUUUGCAUAAAAAUAUUUACCAGAUGAACUCCUCUAUAUUGGGUGCAUUUAUUAAAGAUACCUGAUCUGGAUCACA